CUGGACUCUUCAUCUCAUCAACAUCACUUUAACCAUCACCAGUCCUUGUUUUAAACCGGACUGGCUCUUACAGCUUCAAAUCUUGUGUCUUUGCAAGCAGAGACACACUUUUAUACUUUUAUCCAUUGAACUGACUGUUUAGCAACCGCCGCGACAGCAGUAACCCGCUCGCCUGCCCGCGCCUACACUCGGCAGGCAACUUUGUUCAUUACAACGGCACCAUACGUACAUAAUUUCGAUACACAAAUUUCAGUCGCAUUCGCCAAUAUAUUUCCAUUGUCAAAUACUUAGCGCUUCUAUGAUACAAUAUGUUUAAGGGUACCAACUAUUCCAACCCAUUUGCCGGACGUGCUCCAGGUGGCCAGGGUCCGCCGCACCCACCGAGGAAAGAUGGAUACGAUGCACCUUAUGGAGGCCCACCACAAUCAAUGGGAAGGCCGGGACAAAUGAUGCCUUCGAGGCCUCCGGUUGGAGGAAGGCCAUCUGGUGGCGGGCAAGUCUGGUCACUACGUCCCGCCAAAAGCCCAGACAACACCUAUACUUUUGGGAACCUGCUGGCGGUUUCGCCACAGGAUUUCCCCCCUACCCGCGAUGGAGUUGAUCUCUUACUUCUAAUCAACGACCUCUACGUCUUCUCCGCACGCCCAGCCAAUGGUUUCCCACCGGGGCACAUCAGCAUGUCGGAUCCCCAGCGAACAUGGGCUGGAAUCGCACUCACAGACUCAAUCAAGGUGCAGAUCUACGAUCCGUUCAGCCAAGGUGGGCAGGCCUAUCUUGGUUCUACAGACAUUGAAAUAGGAUUUGCUGGGAAGAAGAGGGUGGAAACUCCCUACGACCAGGAUGAGCUGGGUCAGGUCGUGAUCAAGAACUUUGAAAACCAAAUAUUCUCACCGGGGCAAAAGAUCUUGAUGGACCACAGGAGCAUCCCACUUCUUCUGACCGUCAAGACAGUUCAAAGGGUCGACUUGACUUCUGAGAAGUCUGGUUCUGCCGCUGGACGUGUGGAAACAGAGCCUACCGCAAGGGGCAUUCUUACACGACACAGUCAAAUCAACUUCUUCAAGGAUGCCCGGACUGGUAUUAACCUGAAGGCAUCAAAUCGCCGGCCAGCGGCGAACUCUAUCAUUCAACCCGAUUUCAAAUUCGAAGACAUGGGAAUCGGAGGUCUUGAUUCUGAAUUCAGCACGAUCUUCCGUCGUGCCUUCGCGUCUCGCAUUUUCCCUCCAGGACUGGUCGAAAAGCUCGGCAUCCAGCAUGUCAAGGGUAUCCUGCUCUAUGGUCCUCCAGGAACGGGUAAAACAUUGAUUGCCCGGCAAAUUGGAAAGAUGCUGAAUGCGAGGGAACCCAAGAUUAUCAACGGUCCAGAAGUACUGAACAAGUACGUGGGUCAGUCGGAAGAGAAUAUCCGGAAGCUUUUCGCAGACGCAGAAAAGGAAUACAAAGAAAAGGGAGAAGAAAGUGGUCUGCACAUCAUCAUUUUCGAUGAGCUGGACGCUGUCUGCAAGCAGCGUGGUGGAAGCGGCGGUGGCACCGGUGUAGGAGACAGUGUGGUGAACCAGCUUCUGUCGAAACUUGAUGGUGUUGAUCAGCUCAACAAUAUCCUUCUCAUCGGUAUGACGAACAGAAUGGACAUGAUUGAUGAAGCUUUGCUCCGACCAGGCCGUCUUGAAGUUCACAUGGAAAUUUCACUUCCGGACGAGAAAGGUCGAACUCAGAUCAUGAAGAUCCAUACACAGAAGAUGAGGGACAACAACGUUAUGGAUCCAGAUGUCGACUUGGCAGAGUUGGCACUCAUGACCAAGAACUUUUCGGGUGCUGAAAUCGCGGGUCUCGUCAAGUCGGCCUCGUCAUUUGCCUUUACAAGACAUGUGAAGGUUGGCACAAUGGCCGGGAUUAGCGAUGAUGUCGUGAAUAUGAAGGUUAAUCGGGGUGAUUUCCACCUCGCACUCGAUGAAGUAAAACCUGCAUUUGGUGUGUCGGAGGAAGAGCUUUCCAGCCGUAUUCAAUACGGCAUCAUCCACUACUCUCCCGUUAUCAAUGAUAUUUUGAGGGAGGGAGAGCUCUUCGUCAAGCAAGUCGCUGAAUCCACGCCGUUGUUCUCCGUCUUGUUGCAUGGACCAACUGCUAGUGGCAAAACUGCACUUGCAGCCCGGAUGGCUAUUGACUCUGGUUUCCCGUUCAUCAAGCUGAUCAGCCCUGAGGACAUGGUGGGCUUCGGUGAAAUGGCUAAGGUCAACCACAUUAGCAGAGUCUUCGAAGAUGCGUACAAGAGUCGUACAAGUGUUGUCGUUGUGGACAAUAUUGAGAGAAUCAUCGAUUGGGUUCCUAUCGGCCCUCGAUUCAGCAACACCGUCCUCCAGACCCUGAUGGUCUUCCUGAGAAAGCAACCUUCCAAGGAGCGGAGGCUUCUUGUUCUGGCUACCACUACGGAGAGAGCGGUGCUGAAACAGCUAGACGUCUACAACUCGUUUAACUCCGAUAUCAUGGUCCCCCAUGUCAACACCUACGACGAGCUCCGGUAUAUUAUGGAGAAUUCUGAGGUGUUUGAUGCUCAGGAAAUUUCAGAGGCGCUGGAAGGAAUUGGCAGCAUCACUGCAGACCAAACGAUCGGGGUCGGUAUCAAGAAGGUGCUUUUGGGAAUUGAGACGGCGAAGCAAGAUGCAGACAAGGUGGGGCGUUUCGUGCGUGUCAUAAACAGGGCAAUCGAGGAAGAGCGUACGUUUGCAUAGAGGCUUUCGGCCAGAUGGCGAGGUAUUUUGUUGCUAUAAUUGUGCUGUCAAUUUGCUAGAUACUACCAGGUUGUACACUAUUGGAGCAGUGAUAUCAGGGAUUCGAGGCAUAAAGGCUUUCUUAAUGCUGUAGGUAGAAAUUAUAUGAACUUCGGUGAUACCUAACAAAGAAAUUAUUAAAAACCAUUCACUAGCG